UUUUAUGAACAGUAAAAAAUGCCAAGAUGGCAACUAAGCAAUUUCAUCGAAUGUCGAGACAAUUUUUAUAGUUUGUUGACUUAGAAUUUCGAACACGAUAUCAAGAAAAUUAUCGUACAAAAAACAUAUACUUUUAGAUUGAUUAUAACAGAUAUUAUUUGUCUCUUAAAUAAGCUUAAACAUAUGCGAUAUAUACGUGUAAACCGUAUAGCGUACCGGGGCUGCGGCGCACAAAUUGUCCGACAACUUCUUUUCCGAUAAUUUUAGUAUACGUUCCAUUUUAAUUUGUUUAUUUAAAAAUAUAACAUGGAUCCUCGAAUACAUAGGAGAUCAGAGUCGGAAAAGGGACCGGGUGAUUUGAUAGUUGAAUGGUUAAAUGAAGCGUCUCUAAAUCCAGCAGAGGAUGUGAAAGUUACAAAUUUAUGUAAAGUUCAAGAAAUUUUAAUAAACAAAGAACCACAGUUACUUCCAUUAUACUUGGACGAAGUUUUGCAAUUUUCAUUAGAUAGAAAUGCAGAAGUUAAGAAAACAGUGACAGGUUUCAUAGAGGAUGCUGGAGUAAAACAGCCAGAAAUAAUUCCACGUGUAGUUCAAAUACUUCUAAGACUAGUCUCUGACGAAUCAUCAGCUGUAGCUAAAAGAGCUUUAAGAGCUAGUGGCAGAAUAUUGAGGGCUGCAUUAAAAUGGAUAUCUGUUGCCACUACAAUUACUCCAGAAAUGGAAGUGGCAUGGGGUCAACUCAGUGCUCUUAAGAUACAGAUUAUAAAUAUGAUAGAUAGUGAUAAUGAUGGCAUUAGAACACAAGCUGUGAAGUUUCUUGAGGGUGUAGUUUUAAUACAAACAUACCCUGAUCCAGACUCACCGAAAAAAUCAGAUGAUUUUUCUUUGGAAGAUAUUCCACUAACAUUAAAAAUAGCUCGUAGACGAAAACUAGAAGAAGAAGCUAAUGACGUAAUGGAUUUAUUAAUUAAAUUUCAUGGGUCCCCUCAUGUUAGCAGUGUCAAUUUAAUGACAUGCAUGGGGUCUUUAGCAUUUAUUGCUAAAUCAAGACCCCAGUUUAUGCCAGGAGUAAUACAAGCUUUGCAAAGGCUACAACAUGACUUACCACCGACAUUGUCUGAUUCUCAAGUAACUAGUGUACAAAAACAGUUAAAAUUAACUUUAUUAGGACUUAUGAAACACCCUGCUAGUAUAGAAUUCGCGUCUACCAUAGCUAAACAAUUAACACAAUUGGGAGCAAAAGAACAAGAAAUAAUUAAAUCUUAUCCAAAACCAGAGGACAUCCGGCGUAUGAAGAAGCGGCAACAAGAAGCAGCUGCUACUUCUGCUGCAAAACGUGUUAAAGUUGAAACUCCUUUAAUACCAGAUGAACCAGAAGUUGUGCCUACUCCUGUUCCUCCUCCAAAAUUACCAGAACUAUUGGAACUUUCAGAAAGUUUUAUUUCUGAAAGAUUAAGUGUGGAGAUUGCUACAGAUUUAGUAAUGGACAGCAUGGCGUGGGUACCUGACACAAUGACAACAAUUUUCCAAAGAGAAUAUCAGCCAACUUCGACGACCGACAUUAGUAUUCAGCGACAAACGAUUGCUAAAUUAUUAGCCACGCAAAUAAAACAAGCUAAAGCGAAGAAAAAGAAAGAAGCUAAAGAUGAAGAUGCAGUUAUGGAGGAUUUAGUAAAGAAUCCCACUAUUAGUGUAGCAGAAGCGAAGCGAGAAAGAAAACGUGAAAAAGAUAGGGAGAAAGAAAAAGAAGCAAAGGCUUCUUUAGAAGCUCAUGAAAAAUCGCUUGCAAAAGCAAGAAAUCGUUUGAAAGCUUUGAAAUUGUCUGAAGUUACAAAGCCGUUACCAAAAGAAGUGAAAGAAAAAAUGUUACUGAUGGCAGUUAAUAGAAUCCUCUCAUCCGAGAAGACAGCCGUAUUUGGUGGCGUGGCAGCCAUAAGGUCUAAAAUCUUAACAACCUUAGCUGCAACAUUUAAUCCGUACAUUAAGGAGGCAGUAUUACGAUACAUUACCGACGAUAUGAGAAAUCGUUUGGACUUAGCUUUAGGAUGGUUAUAUGAAGAAUACGCGUUACUCCAAGGAUUUCAAAGAAGGACUACUCUAUGUACAAAGCCUCAAGAAGCACCACAUCAGGCUUAUAACUUUCUGUUGUGUACUUUAGUGUCGGCAAUAGAUUUAGUACAAGGGAAAGAUCGAGACACACUCCUGAACAGGUUAUAUUUGGAAGCUCCCUUAAUUACCGAAGAUGCCGUGGAGGCCUUGAAAAUGGUAUCGUCUGAUGAGACCAGAGGGUUGGCACCUCUGCAGUUAUUGAAAGAAAUGGUUAUUCGUAGACCUACGAAGCAAUUAGUUUUUUUAAAUGUGUUAUUAUGUCACACUGGUCAUGAGAAUAACACUAUAAGGGAAGCUGCAAUACAAUUAGUUUGUGAACUAUAUAGUCGUUCUGAGUUAAGUAAACUUAUAGAAGAGUACGCGGUUCUUUAUUUGGGUUUCUUACGACUUCAUACUCCACCCGAAAUCGUAUUUGGACAGGAUCGGGGUAGACCGCAAGUAGAAACCCAGUGGACAGAAUCGACUACGAGAGCGUGCCUUGGAUUAUAUCUCGCGCUAUUGAGCGAACAUCAAGAUUUGAUCCAUGAAUUGGCAAGAGUUUAUACAUCGAUGAGUGCAGAUGUAAAACGUAUGGUUCUUCGAUUAGUGGAAGGACCAGUGAGGUCCCUAGGAAUGGGCAGUCCUCAAUUAUUAGCUUUAGUUGAAAAUUGUCCAAAGGGAGCAGAGACACUGGUUACAAGAAUCAUUCAUAUUCUUACAGAAAAAUCUGCACCAAGUGUUGAGUUGGUUGCAAGAGUUCGAGAGCUUUAUCAAACCAGGGUUUCCGAUGUUCGGUUUUUAAUACCCGUAUUGAAUGGUCUAACGAAAAAGGAAGUAAUAGCGGCCCUUCCAAAACUUAUAAAACUAAAUCCCAUUGUUGUUAAAGAGGUGUUUAAUAGGUUACUGGGAACUCAUAAUAAUGAAAGUGGCGUACCUCAUACAUCUCCCAUCACACCUGCUGAAUUGUUAAUAGCCUUACAUAAUAUAGAUUCAAGCAAAGCGGAAUUAAAAACAAUUAUAAAAGCUACGUCUCUAUGCUUCGCAGAGAAGCAAGUGUAUACGCAGGAAACUGUGGCCGUUGUAAUGCAACACUUGAUGGAAAUGACACCGUUACCUACGUUAUUAAUGCGUACAGUAAUACAAAGUUUAGCUUUAUAUCCGAGGUUAAGUGGAUUUGUUAUGAAUAUACUUCAACGAUUGAUCCUUAAACAAGUUUGGAAGCAGCCAAAAGUCUGGGAAGGUUUUGUUAAGUGUUGUGAACGAACGCAACCACAAAGUUUUGCAGUAAUUUUACAACUUCCUCCAACUCAGUUGGCUGAAGCAUUAAAGAUGGCGAGUAAUUUACGCGCCCCGUUAUUAGCGCACGUCGAGGCCUUCGCUGAAAAUCAGAAAGCGCACAUUCCACAGUCGAUAAUGGAUGUUAUUCAGGGUAAAUCACCUUGCGACAUGCAUGAUGAAUUUGAUAUUGCACCACCCGGUGAUUAUCCAAUUGAACAAAAACCAGAUACAAUGGAAACUGAUGUUUCAGAACCAGCACCUCCUGGUUUAGAUUAGCAUAAACUCAUUCCAGUGUUGGGAUCUGAAUCAUCAUCUACAGAUUGUCCCAACUUUAACGAAUUCACACUGUAAAUCAUAAAUAUUUUUGUUUAUACCUCGUCCUAAUCUGAAACGUUAGAUCCACGUAUUCUUUGACUUACACAUAAAAUGUACAUAACACGGGUUUAAAAUUUCUUGUUAAGAAUCCAGUUGGUUUUAUUGGUUUUGUAAAUAGAUAUUCGAUCACAAUUGAAUGUACAUACAUGCGUAUGUUAAUUUCACGGUAUAGUACACCCUCCAUUAAAUAUCAAAGUUAAUUCAAUCACAUAAAGACAAUUUCUGGCUUAUACCUUUUUUCAUUUCAACAGGGAUCAAACAGGAUUAUUAUUAAUAAUCAAAAAUUUAUAUUUGUAAAAAUAUAUUUAUUAAUACUUUCAUGAAAUAUAUAAAACAUUGUUAAAAGAAAUUCAAAUGUUACAUUACUGCAAGUUUGUACAUAUUUUGUACACAGUACUGGAUAUGGGAUUUAAAGUACACUACAUUAAGCAUACAUAAAAUAAAUAUUUUGCCAUGUUAAACCAUCACAAUUUCGUGUAUAUGAAUUACUCUUUCAAUAUGAAAUAUAUUAACGUUUUUUAUCCGUUG